AUGGAGUGGCGAACAACACAGGGUCACAGCCCAGAAAUAAUGGUCAAAAAUCCACCAUACCGAUCCAAUCAUACAUCAGUUGAAGCUGGAAAAUACUUGGAAUGUGAACAAAAUGAGAAGAAAGGGAAGUCAGCAGCAACAGAUGAUAAACAACAAUCAAAACCAGCAAACGGGAGUAAUUUUGAACCAAAACAGCUUCACCAAAACUCAGGAACACACUACAGAAAUCUGAAACUUGUGGAUAACGAGUGGGAAUUUUUAGAGGUUCCAAACUUGUUUUCUAAGGGCAAAAAUCACGUACUCACAUACGUAGAUGAUCCCGAAGUUGUAGAUUUUAAUGAAACUCCAAUAAUAGAUGAUCUUCUAAAUCGUUCUAUUGCGGAAGGCCAACUUUACAAGGAGACACUGAUGAUUGUGUUGAAAAACUACGGUAUUCGAAAGAAAAUUCACUUUAAGGUUGAUCGAUCAAGUCCAUCAAGAUACUGCCCGGUAUGUGUCAAUAACCGUUGCGCGUGGUUUUUCAAGUCUUCAUCUCUAAACAAGUCAAAAAAAUUUAGGAUUAGAAAAUUCAGUAAGGAUCACACAUGUUCGGCGAAGGAUAUAUUGUUUACACAUCAAGUAGCUACUGCUCCUGUAAUUGGAAGAAUUAUCUGUGAUAAAUAUGUUGAUCUUAAAACAGUAUACACUGGAACAGACAUAAUGAAAGACAUGAAAAAAUAUUAUGGUAUUGACUUAAGCUACUGGAAGGCAAAUAGAUCAAAGCAAAAGGCACCUCAGUUUUUGAGAAGAGACCCAAGCGGGUCGUAUGCAAAGUUGCUGAUCUACUUAUAUAUAUUGAUGCAUUCCAAUCCCGGGUCAGUUGUGAGUUUGAGAAAAUCGGAUGUAGGAUACUUCAUGUAUGCUUUUGUCGCAUUAAAUGCAUCAAUUAUGGGAUGGGAGUUUUGCAAACCUAUUGUUCUGGUUGAUGGAAGCUUCCUUAAAGCAACAUACAGAGGGAUGUUACUCAUAGCUUGCUCGCAAGAUGCUAGAGGCAAGAUUCUACAACUUGCAUAUGCAAUUGUUGAUUCGGAGAAUGAUGCCUCAUGGGGGUGGUUCUUCGAAAGGUUCAAAGAAGCAUUCGGUGACAGAGAUGACAUGUGCAUUGUAUCGGACAGGAACGAGAGCAUAGCGAAGGCGACUUCGGUAGUGUAUCCUCAAGUAUCUCAUUGUAUUUGUAUAUGGCAUCUAUUGAAUAACAUAAAAUACAGAUACAAGAGGAACCCAGAAGAGCCAAGAGAUAUAUAUUUCUCUACGAUAAGAGGAUAUACCAUUCAAGAGUUUAAUCACCAUAUGACAGAGAUGGAACAAAUAGAUGAAAGAGUGAAGGAUUACUUAUUUGAUAUUGGGUAUCACAGGUGGUGUAGAGCGCAUGCAAAAGUCAACAGAACAAUGACAAUGACUUCCAAUAUUUCAGAGUCAUUAAAUUCAGCAACUAAAGAUGAGAGGGAUCUUCCUGUACAACAAUUACUGGAAGAAAUUCGAAUGUUGAUCGAGAGGUGGAACUACACAAAUUGA